ACCGUCUCCUAUUCCCUUCAGAUAUAAAUACUCAUCAAACAAUUCGCCAAAACCCUCACUUAGCAAAAUCUGCAAAACCACCAUCCUUAACUAAAACAAGAACGCAAAUUAAUAGCUUUUUUCAUCCAAAUCUCUAAAAAUGUCCCUUUUAUUACAAUCUCUCUUGGACCAACCCAACUUUGCUCCUUUCAAAGUUUUCGACCCAGAAAUAUCCAACCAAAACAACACGUACAUGGACUGGAAGGAGACUUCAAAUGCACACAUCUUCGAGAUAGAUCUUCCAGGCCUUACAAAAGAGGACGUGAAGCUGGAGCUGCAAGAAAACCAAGUGCUUCAUGUUAGUGCAGAGAGAAAAGCGGAGCCCGAAAUGGAGGACCCCAAGAACGAGACGUGGCACUGCAGGGAGAGGGAAAGUGGCAACUUCUCGAGGAAUUUCAGGUUGCCUGAAAAUGUCAAGGUUGAUGAGAUUAAGGCUUCAAUGCGCGACGGGGUGUUGGUAAUUACAGUGCCUAAGGAGGACUUGAAGAAGAAACACAAGCAUAAGAAGGUUGAGAUCUCUGGGGAUGAUGAAGGACAUGCUUCCAAAGGACUUGGACGUUUCGUGUGCUGCAGAGCUUAAUUAGAGAACAUAAUUUGUCUGAUUAAUUUGCUUUUUUGUUUGGAGGAUGUAAUUUUUGUUUAUGAUUAAUUUGUAUGGUGUGAAUUUGUGUGGUGAUGGGGUUGUAUGUGUUUAAUAAUACUUGUAAGGGCCUGUUGAUUUCACGUAUAAUUGCAGAUUUAAUAUAAGGAAAAUUAAUGAAAAUAAGUUUAUAUUCUCUGAUU